CUUUUCUUCUAUUUACUUGUCAAGUAUUUAGAGCCUUUCAUAUUCAUUUAAUUUCAGAAAUUAUGCCUCUUUUUUUUGUCUCAAAUUUCAUAUUAUACCUCAAUGCAAAGGACAACAAAAUUAUAAAACUAUUAUUUACUAGUACUGUAAUGAAGAAGAUUAUAUUAACUAUUGAAUUUUUAGUUCAAGUUAUCAUACUUAUUGCAGUAUCUGAAAUGGACAAAUAAGUGAAUACUCAGUACAAGUAAACACUGUAUAUAAAUAUGUAUUUGUAUAUGUUUAUAUUUAGUCUAUUGACUUUCUAUCGUACUGUGAUCUAUAUUCAGAAUUUAUUGAUCGUUGCUAUUGCUGGCUUUCAGAUGAUAAUUAUAGGCUCUAUUUUAUUAAGAAACUUUUUAUUAUCAAG